ACGAGCAGCUUUGCUUUCUUUACUCCUGUGCUACUCUACUCUACUGAUGUGCUGUGCAUGCGCUACUCAAUACUGCGCAUGCGCAUUAAUUUUCACCAGCCCGGUUACGACUCAGUGGAAACGAGUAGAAAUGAGUCUUAGAAAGCUGAUAAAAGACACCCAGAAGAAGACAAAUCCUUCUUACUUUUUGAAAUACUUUAAGCAAGACGAUACUUAUUCUAUUGUGAAAGCAAACUGUGUAGAAGUUGAGCAGCUGGAAGCUGGUACCUCCUGCAGAGUAAGGGAUGGAAAGGACUUUCAUGAUGGCACAAUAGUCACCUUUGGAGAUAAGAAAGAUGUAAGUAAUGCAGCAGGUGAUAUUAUUGAGAAGAUUGAGAAAGAGUCAGCGGAGAAUAUGGAGAAAGAGUCAGCCAAGAAUAUGGAGAAACAGUCAGCUGAGAGUAUGAAGAAUGAGUCAGACUACAAAGCGUGGCACAAUAAAAAGGAAAGCUAAGAAAAGUGAGAUGGUAUAUAGUAUUACUAACCCUACAUGUA